UUAAUAAAUGAACGGCCAUGAUGGAAACAAUAAAUAAUGGUUAAGAAAUCAUCGGCUAUCGGGGAAUCACUCUGGUCUGGUGUAGUUUCUCAGUCUGAAGUAGCAUCGCAUCACUGAUGGAAUUCGAAACCCAUUGCGACACUAAGGCUGUGGCUGAGGCUGAAGUACCAAAAGAGCCUCCGAAAAUCCACCGCCUGGAAGAGUCGGUGGUGAACCGAAUCGCGGCGGGAGAGGUGAUUCAGCGGCCAGUAUCGGCCGUGAAGGAACUGGUGGAGAACAGCCUCGACGCCCACUCCUCCUCCAUAAACGUCGUCGUCAAGGACGGUGGCCUCAAACUUAUCCAAGUCUCCGAUGACGGCCACGGAAUCCGAUACGAUGACUUGGCGAUCCUAUGCGAAAGGCACACGACGUCAAAGCUUUCUACAUUCGAGGAUUUACAAUCGAUAAAAUCAAUGGGUUUCAGAGGAGAGGCUCUGGCUAGUAUGACUUAUGUCGCUCAUGUUACUGUCUCCACCAUUACCAAAGGUCAGCUCCAUGGUUACAGGGUAUCUUAUAGGGAUGGUGUCAUGGAGCAUGAGCCAAAGCCGUGUGCUGCUGUAAAAGGAACUCAGAUAAUGGUUGAGAAUCUAUUUUACAACAUGACUGCUCGGAGGAAGACACUACAAAAUUCUGCUAAUGAUUUUUCAAAUAUUGAAGACUUGCUAAAGCGGUUUUCCAUUCAUCACAUCAAUGUGAAUUUCUCAUUACGAAAGCAUGGAGCUUCUGGAGCAGACCUUAACACAGUUGGUACAUCAUCAAGGCUUGAUGCUAUUCGAUCAGUUUAUGGGGUGUCAGUUGCUCGAACUCUUAUCACAAUAGAAACUUCAGACAAUAAUCCAUCAAGUUCAGUUUUCAAGAUGAAUGGUUUCAUCUCUGAUUCAAAUUAUGUUGCAAAGAAGAUAACAAUGGUCCUUUUUAUCAAUGAUAGAUUGGUAGAUUGCACUGCUUUGAAGAGAGCUAUUGAAAUUGUUUAUGCUGCAACACUGCCCAAAGCAUCAAAACCCUUCAUAUAUAUGUCAAUCGUAUUGCCACCUGAGCAUGUUGAUGUGAAUGUGCACCCAACUAAGAGAGAGGUAAGCCUUUUAAAUCAAGAAGUUAUUAUUGCGAAGAUACAGUCAGUGGUUGAAUCAAAAUUGAGAAACUCCAACGAGGCACAGACAUUUCAGGAACAGAUAGUAGAACCGUCUCCAUCUGGUAAUAUUGGAAUAAUCAAGGAUUCUAGUUUCAGCUCCUCACCAUCUGGUUCAAAAUCACAAAAAGUUCCUGUGCAUAAAAUGGUUAGAACAGAUUCAUUGGAUCCUGCUGGAAGGUUGCAUCACUACUUGCAAGCUAAGCCUCGUGGACCACUUGAAAACAAUCCUAGUUUGACUGCUGUGAGGUCUUCUGUAAGACAAAGAAGGAACCAAAAGGAGACAGCAGAUCUUACCAGCAUUCAGGAGCUGAUUAAUGAAAUUGAUUGCAAUUGUCAUUCUGGUCUACUGGAUGUUGUAAGACACUGCUCGUACAUUGGAAUGGCAGAUGAUGUCUUGGCAUUGCUUCAGCAUGACACUCAUCUCUAUGUUGUAAAUGUGGUGAACUUGAGCAAAGAGCUUAUGUACCAGCAAGUUCUGCGCCGGUUUUCCCAUUUUAAUGCAAUACAAUUAAGUGAUCCGGCCCCUUUGUCUGAGUUGAUUAUGUUGGCAUUGAAAGAAGAGGAUUUGGAUCCUGAAUGCAAUGAGAAUGAUGACUUAAUAGAGAAAAUUACAGAAAUGAAUACUGAAUUGCUCAAGCAAAAGGCUGAAAUGUUGGAGGAGUAUUUCAGCAUUCAUGUUGAUGUACAUGGGAAUUUGUCUAGAAUUCCAGUCAUACUUGACCAGUACACACCUGACAUGGAUCGUGUUCCUGAAUUUGUACUUUGUUUGGGCAAUGAUGUUGACUGGGAGGAUGAAAAAAUGUGCUUUCAAGUAAUUUCAGCUGCUCUAGGAAACUUCUAUGCGAUGCAUCCUCCUAUGUUACCUAACCCAUCAGGUGAUGGUUUGCAGUACUACAAAAAGAGAAAACCUCUCAGGAAUCCUGAAGAUGAAGAAAACACCUCUAACAAUAUUGAGGAUGAUGUCACAAUUGAAGAUGAAAUGGAGCAUGAACUACUUUCAGAGGCAGAGACUGCAUGGGCCCAACGUGAAUGGUCAAUCCAGCAUGUCUUAUUUCCAUCCAUGAGACUCUUUUUCAAGCCACCUGCUUCCAUGGCUACAAAUGGAACCUUUGUGCAGGUAGCUUCACUGGAGAAGCUGUACAAGAUUUUUGAAAGAUGCUGACGACAAUUAGUUUUGUUCAGAUCUUUCUUUUUUGUUGAGAAAAUGGUAAGAAGUUUUUGUUCAGAUCUAACUCAUGAGAGAGAGUUUUGGUAUAUAUAUCUCUGUGAUUGGCUUAUGAUGUAGGGAGUUUUGGUAGCUAUGGUCCGCUAUGUUGGGAUUUCCUUGUAAGUUUCAUUUAAUAGGAAAAAAACAUUUUGGACCUCGUUUAUUGAACUAACUUCCUUGCAUCCUGUUCGUAUAUGAUAUAACAUUACAAUUA